AUGAACUGUUGCAGGGAACAAAGCUCUUCCCCUCUGGGCUUUAGGAAGGAGAUUUGGGCUCCUGGCCUAACAGGGUGGGCUGGUGCAAGGAUGGGAAGUGUGGGGAAUGAGAGGUCUCUGUGCUCGGUGGUUGUGGAUUGUUUCCCAUGCUUCAGGACUCAGCCUCUGGGAGAUGUGCUCCCGGAACUCAUCAAGCACGGCCGGGAGAGGAUAGAACAAACCAUCAAGGCCUCCGGCUCCAGGCUCUGCUCGUAUGCUGAGCGAGUUGUUUUUUUAAUGGAUCGUUCCCGGAGCCCAGACAAAAGCACCCAGCCUUCAACACCAACUGACAACAUCAACCUCGGACCUUCUGCAAACCCCAAUGCUAAACCAACAGACUUUGACUUCCUGAAGGUUAUUGGCAAAGGAAGCUUUGGAAAAGUUCUCCUGGCCAAACGCAAGUGUGAUGGGACAUUUUAUGCAGUGAAAGUCUUGCAUAAGAAAACCAUCCUCAAGAAAAAGGAGCAAAACCACAUCAUGGCAGAACGCAACGUGCUCCUGAAAAAUGUCAAGCACCCCUUCCUUGUGGGACUCCACUACUCCUUCCAGACCUCGGAGAAGCUUUACUUUGUGCUUGACUAUGUAAAUGGAGGAGAGCUCUUCUUCCACUUGCAAAGGGAACGUUGUUUCCGUGAGCCCAGGGCUCGAUUCUAUGCUGCAGAAGUUGCCAGUGCUAUUGGGUACCUGCAUUCUCUAAACAUCAUCUACAGGGACUUAAAGCCUGAGAACAUCCUCCUGGAUUGCCAGGGACACAUAGUAUUGACAGACUUUGGACUCUGCAAAGAAGGAAUGGAGCAAGAGGAGACAACUUCUACCUUCUGUGGUACUCCUGAGUACCUGGCUCCUGAGGUGCUAAAGAAACAGCCCUAUGACAGGACAGUAGACUGGUGGUGCCUAGGAGCUGUCCUCUAUGAAAUGCUCUUUGGACUGCCUCCUUUUUACAGCCGGGAUGUGUCUCAGAUGUACGACAACAUUCUGCACAAACCACUACAGAUCCAAGGAACCAAGACUGUGGCAGCUUGUGACAUCAUCCAGGGACUUCUCCACAAGGACCAGAAGAGGAGGCUGGGUGCCAAAACAGACUUUCUUGAGAUAAAGAACCAUGUAUUCUUCAGCCCAAUAAACUGGGAUGAUCUAUAUCACAAGAGGAUUACUCCCCCAUUCAACCCCAACGUGGCUGGCCCGGCUGAUCUGCGACACUUUGAUCCUGAGUUCACCCAAGAAGCCAUCUCUGCUUCUAUCACCCGCACGCCUGACCUAGCAGCCAGCAGCUCCAGUGCUUCAGAUGCAUUUUUAGGAUUUUCAUACGCACCAACUGAAGAGGACAUUUAAGUUUUACAAGGGCUUUGUGAAGCCAUAUUUUAAAUGAAUUGGUUUUAUGCUUUUUUUUUUUGUUUGUUUUUGUUUUUUUGUUUUUCCUGUUUUGAGAGGAUUGGUACUGUCCUUUGCUCGUGGUUUAAGGAAAUAGCCACUAACACACUAACUGGCUGGGAUGGAACAGAGCUCUUAAUUUUUGCUGUUUGGUGGAUUUUCUCCCUAAGUGAAUGUUUCCCUGCCAGGGAAAGUGGGACACUGACUAUGAUUUUUCCCUGAGUGUCUUGUGCUACUUGGCAGAAUUGUAUUCACUCUGUGGUUGUAUUUAUGGUGGAGGAAUGUGCUAUCAUUCACAUCAACAGCCAUGACCCUGUAACUGGACACUUUCUAUAUUUUUGUGGAGCUAUGCUCAGCUA